AUGUCAUCCCUUGUUGUUGUGGUUCCCGGAUAUACCACCUUCCCGCCACCAAAGAGGGUGAUUUCGUCAUUCUAUAGCUUGGUACUCCGUAGAGAAAACUUCUUUUAUUGCCGAGCCUGCCUCCAACGCUUACUGAUUUUAAAUGGUGUGGAAAUGGCCUCUGUCUCCUCUGGUUAUUUGUGCCUUUUGAAACGACUCUUCCUAGGAAACCUUGCCCGGCUGCUGAUAAACGUAUGUCUUCGGAUAUCGCCUGCGCUCCUUUUUUUGGUCCUGGCCCUACUUUCAUAUCAGCCAACCAGCCCAAACAGAACCCGGUGCUCAAUGAUACCUAAGCGGAUGUGUGCUCUAUGCCAGAACAAAAUCAGCGUCAGCUCGGAACUGGCAAAGGAUCCAGAAGCAACUCCUCGCGAUGUAGUUGCUAGGUUCCUUGAAAGGGCGGACGGCCAGUUCCCCGGGGAGCCUAGGUCCGAAAAACUACCUGUUCCAGACUCUAAAGACUUAGAAGUUGCGUUUCAAUGUGGGAAAUGGGGCUCUCAGCGCCCAAGUGACCUUUUCCUUAAAAUAUACCAAGAUGCUUUGUGCUCCCUUGCAAAAGACCUAAUGUCUGGUCUCGUAUCUCCGUCGCUGAUGGGCAGCUGCGGCGUCGUGCCCAUGACUAUUAUCGGACCAUUGCCCGAUAUUUGCCGUCAUAUGUCCAAUUGCAUUGUGCGUGCUGAAAAAGAAGUCAUUCUGAUGACCAGUUAUUGGAUAUAUUCAGACAAUUCGCGAUUCCUGACCAAUGCAAUGAGGGAGUUGUCUCAUCGUGCUGGUCUACGAGGGACGAAGGUGGUGAUCAAGUUGAUGUAUGAUCGUGGCAACUUGAAGCAGCUUCCUGGACCGCAAGAGAUUCCGAACAUUGAUCUUCAAGUUCUAAAUUACCACCGUCCUGUCGCCGGCACUCUGCACUCCAAAUUUAUGAUUGUUGACAGAAAGGUCGCCCUUCUUGAGAGCAACAAUAUUCAAGAUAACGAUAAUCUUGAAAUGAUGGUCCGCUUCGAGGGCCCGAUCGUUGACUCGUUUUACGACAUGGCUCUCAUUUCGUGGAGUGUUGCUCUGAAUCCUCCUUUGCCCCUUAUUGAUACUCCAGCUGCAUCUAUGGCACCUCCAAGUUAUCCAUUUCUCUUUACAAAUCACGGCCGAAAUGAUAGUGUCUGGAGUAGCCAAGGAGAUCCCACCACAAUUUAUGCGGAAAAGCCUGAAGACAAGCUUCUACCCGAACACACCCCCGAUGAGCCGCAUUAUGAUGCAGACAUUGUUGCUGAGACUGCCAGGAUAACAGCAUCACUCACACCACGCCCAGAGGAAACUAGGCGAGAUUGCGUGACUCGACAUCUGAAUAUUGUUUCGAGACCAGACAUUACUGGUGACGCCCCUGAAUGGGAUGAAGAUGAUCAUAUGACACCAUACAUAUUACAUCCGCCUCAUGAACCGUUCCCAAUGGCCAUGGUGAACCGGGAACCUUGGGGAGCAUUGAAUCAUUCUAGUAUAUACACUCCCCAGAAUGCUGCUUUCCUAGCCGCAAUCGGAAAUGCCGAGCAUUCCGUUUUCAUCCAGACCCCAAACCUCAAUGCGGAGCGUUUGCUUACGCCACUUCUCGAUGCAGUCCGGCGCGGCGUCAUAGUAACGUGCUUCCUUUGUUUGGGAUACAACGAUGCAGGUCAAUUGCUCCCCUUCCAAAAUGGAAUCAAUGAAAUGACGUGCAAUCGUCUUUAUAAUUCACUAUCCACAAACGAGGAUAAAUCGAGACUACGUAUCUAUAAUUAUGUAGGCAAAGACCAGACCAGGCCUAUCCACAACAAGUUCAAGAAGCGGAGCUGCCAUAUCAAGCUUAUGAUCAUUGAUGAAAAAGUUGCUAUUCAAGGCAGCGCAAAUCUCGACACGCAAUCAUUCUUCCACAGCCAAGAAACCAACGUCCUUCUUGACUCUCCUCUGAUCUGCCGGUCCUGGCUGGAUGCCCUGUGCAGAAAUCAAAACACUGCGACUUAUGGAGCCGUGAGCAAGGUAGAUGGAUGCUGGCAUGACCCAGAAACCGGAGAGAUAGCGGUUGGCUCGAUCGGGACCGAUCCCGGGAGGUUUAGCUGGAUGAGAGGGAUCGUGGGGGCGAUCAAGAGGGUCAGGGGUGUUGGUGGGUUUUGA